CGUCCAAUCCCCACCACCAAAGACACCUCACAUAGAGCCUACCCCACCAUGUGCGCCUCUCCCGCAGACCCCAUCUACCUCCCCCCGCUCUCCCCCUCCACCGCCGCAGAAGCAAAACACCACCUACUCGUCUUCCUCCCCGGCAACCCGGGCUACCCCGGGUACUACGCCCCCUUCCUCUCUGCCCUACGCACCGGUCUCCCCGCCUCCCCAUCAGGAGAAGACGCAGUCCACAUCCGCUGCCUCACUCUCCCCGGCUUUGCCCCAGCCCCCACAGAUCCGCAACCCCAACCCAACUCCCCUCCAUCCCCCCAAACCUCCUUCCUCUCCCUCUCCGAGACCACCUCUGCCCUCCUCACCACCAUCCUCGGCCUACGCAUCCCCUCCGGGCCCCGCGCUGGCGAACCUCACGACAGCCUAACGCUCCUCGGCCACUCCGUCGGCGCCUACCUCGCGCUCUCCGUGCUCUCCGUGCUCUCCCAGCUCCCUGCCACCACCCGCGCAACGACACGCGCAAUCCUCCUCUUCCCCACGAUUACAGACAUUGCGCAGUCCCCCUCCGGCGCCGUCCUCGCGCCGCUCCUGCGCUAUGUCCCGUUCGUGCCGGAGCUAACGGGGUUGUUGGCGCGCGGGGGGCUGUAUCCGCUGCCGAGGCCGUGGUUGGAGAGCGUGGUUGGCGCGAUUACGGGGCAGGGGAGUGAGGCGGCGAAGGUGACGAGUGAGUUUUUGAGGAGUAAGGAGGGGGUGAGGAGGGCGCUGCAGUUGGCGGGGGAGGAGAUGGUGGGGAUUGCUGAAGAUGUGUGGGGGGAGGAGGUUUGGGGGACGGAUGUGGAGGAGGAGGAAGGGAAACCGGCACGGUUGAUGUUGUACUUUGGGAGGAAUGACCAUUUUGUUGAUGAGGAGAAGAGGGAUGCGCUCAUGGCUAAAAGGGGGGGCAAGGGGGGUGUUAGAUUCGAGAUUGAUGAGGCGGGAAUACCGCAUGCGUUUUGCCUCAAUCACUCGAAAGAAAUAGCAGAGAAGGUGGCCCCGUGGGUGGGAGAGAUGGUUUUGGGCGUAAAGGCGGGGUAGAGGGGGACGAAGGUAGUUGCACAUGGAGCUUGCAGCAAUCUCAAACCCGUGAGUUUGAGUAUCAUGAAGUAUUGUGUGGACUGGUAGGCGCCAACAACUAUGAUGGUAGGUUACUACGUUACUGGCGUCAAGUAAUAAUCAACACAAGAUGGGCUGGAUUUCAAUGGUCGUAUUACGAUGGUCGUAUGCCCAGAUGUAGUUUUGGGACACUUGUACCUGAAGUCCAUGCCAACGAUUAAUUCGUUCAUGUGUCCUACUUGGACGCCUUUCUCGGAACCCUCUCUUACUCAUGCUGCCUAAGAGUCUUAAGGGCGGACUGUGUAUGUAUGAUGGUGGUGAUAUUUAACAUUCUGGCACUCAUACCUUCAGACCCUGCCACAAAAUCCCACGGAUAAUUGUGUCAUUACAGAAUAUGACAGCUGAACGAGCACAUAUGCGUCAGG